UGAAGGAGUUGUUCCCUGUUGAUGGCAGUGAACCAUGCCUCUUCGAAAUUCCCAACUCUCCAUCUACCAAUAGUGACCCGGAUGAAAAACAAGCCGCACAAAAUUCAGCAACACUUAAGAGAGAUGACAGGGAGAUAAAUGUCACUCUGAAGUCGUUUUUCUGUGAAGGGGCUGAAGUUGAAGUUUCAGACACAAUCGGAGUGCAAGAUGACACAAUUCCUCUGCCCAAGACAGAGCCGAGCGAACCAUCACAAGACGAAGCUGUAGAUUUGACUCACUUCUCUGGUGACUGUGGCCAGCUGAUCCAAGAGAAACAUGCUGAUCAUCCAUACUCUGUCGCAGAAAAUGAUAGUAUUACUGUCAGCAGUACCCACUCUGAAAAUGCAAAUGGUUCUAACAAGUCUGCAUAUGGACUGACUGAUGUAACAUUCAAAACACUCAACUGCACUGGAGGAGAGAUUGAAAUUUUUGAAGGCACCGACUUUGCAGAUGAGUCUGUUCCACUGCCAGAGUGCCACAUUGCAACCACCAAUGUAUCAUAUGACUGUGCUGUGGAACCAAGCACAUUAUGUGAUGAAGAUUUGCACAGCGAUAAAGAUCAUAUCGAUCAUCCAUACUGUACUGUUCAAAAUGUUUCGUCUCCUCUAUGUAGGAAGCUUAGUCUGGAGCCCAUGGAAGUUGAAAUGAAAAGCGUGGGGAUGAUCGAUAGCCAGGCUAGCCAACAGGAUGGCUCUGCUUCAAGCCCUUCUCUUACUGAGUUAGGUGAAGCUGACAAAUCAGACAGCAUCCACUUCUCAGAGAAGGCACCUUCUUUUCCUGAAAGGCAGGUUUUAGUCUUUCAACCUGUGGAGGCCAGCAGGUGUGUUUUUGUUGCACUGGACCAAGUCAAAGAUGGCUUUGAAGAGCCGAUCAGGCAACUGGAAAAACCUGAAGCUGUGUUGGCUACUGACUCACCAGUAAAGCUCGAGACCUCACUGCCUCACACAUCUGCUUCAGAGAGUGACGCUGUUGAUGACCAAGUGCAGGAAAUGACAAACUGUUCAACCCAACAAGACAGUAGUGGAGUGCUUUCAGCAGUUCAUCCAGUGGAGAUUUCAAACGGCAGCCAUCUUGCAGCUUCAGCAGAAAGUCCCGGGCCAGUGGAGAUGCAACAAUGUGUGGAAAAUGUCUCUCGAGUGAACUCCACAAAAGGAUGUCGUGCGUCCACUGGAGAGAAAGACAGUGCCAUUGGUUCAUCUGGAAAUGGACUUGUUCUGUCUAACUCUGAGGAGAAAGCCCUUGAUGUCUUGAAGACCCUGUCAGAAUGUCCCUCGGGUCCCUCAGCGUUGCAGCUGGGACUCCUCAAUCCUGUGGUCAGGAGAAUGUCUCUAUGUUUAUUAAAAGCCUGUGGAGAUCUGCCUCAAGACCAGUUUUAGUUGAUGAUUCUGCCCUUGAGGGCGAGAAAAGCUUGUUGACUCCCGUCAAUGUUCACCAUGCAGGCUUAUGGGCGGAGCAUUUGGAAAGUCCCAUACCUCGUCCUCUGUUCAACUCCACAGCACUAGCUGACAAGCCUCAGCCAGACCCGGUCACAGAGCCCACUGAGGAUUUGGAAGAGAAGCUUGUUGCAGUGCCCCAGUCUGAAGAGAAAAAGCCUGUUCGGGAUGUACCGUUGUUUCCUGAAGGUCCUCUUCAGCAGCAGCUUCGGCAGAUGGCGGAGUUCCUCUUUUUAGCAUCUGGAAAGAUGGGCCCAGCUCUUGCUUCUGCAGCCGCCACCACAGCGCCCCCAGUCGGAGCCACUCCUGUUGAGUCUCACAGUGUUUCUGUGGGCACAAGUCCUGUCAAACUGGUGGACCAGAGCCUCAAUACAUCUGGCCAGUUUGAAAGAAAAAGAGAAUUCUCUGUGGCUGAUUCCUGCACAGCAACUGAACCCCUCCUAUGGAAUUUGAACCCAGGCAGCUUGGAGUGUCUCCCCAGACAGGAGCUGGAGCAGAGGCUGAUGUCUAGCAUGAUCAUGGUGGAGGCGCUGGUGCAGCAGCUGGCUGCAGCCCGGUCACAGCAGUGUGUCUCUGCAGGCUGUCCUCCCUCAGACCUCAGAGACAAACUAGUGCAGACAGACCACACUGAACUCAGCCAGACCACAAUGUACAGAGGCGUGUACAUGGAGGCUCUGAGAAAGAUCAGGGAGUUGGAGCUCGAUGGGAGAUCGCUACAGAAUCUCAUGCAACAAAUGCAAAGCAUGAGGAUCAACAUGAAUUCACUGAGUAGUGACACAGAUGCUGCUCUUUCCAAAAUGAAGGAAAUCGGUGGCAUCAUCACAGAGGACCAUCAAAGCCUGGUUUCACAUUAUGGCCACAUGAUCACUUUAUUUGAGAAGUCAAAGGAGACAUGCAUGAGACUGACACAAAAAGUCAAAGAAGCUCUUCAACAGAGAAGUGACAUGCAGACUCAGAUGGAGGACGCCUUUACAGCCAAGGAGGCGGCCUUCAGUGCAAUGGAUCAGCUGAGGACGCAUUGUGCCGCUGAAAUUUCAGAGCUGGAGAAGAGCGUGGGGUCUCAGCAGGAGCUCCUGGUGGCUCUAAAGCAAAUCUAUCCAGAACAGGUGUCACUAAACAAAGCCUGCACAGAAACACUGAGAUCAGCUUCUAAUCUUUUGUCACAAACGAUGGAUGAUCAGUCAAGCCUGAUAAAUGAGCUCAUCACCGUCAAGAGUCUCCUGCAAAAAGCUGCUCCCAUGCUCCUGAUGAUGAAUGAGAAGGCAGCGGCCGCUCUCAGUGAGAGGGAUGAGUGUCUGUGUUCCAGAGAUCAAGCUAUUGAAGAGCGAGAGCAGCUUCAGGAGGAACUGAACGAAACUCAUUCCAGUCUCAAGUCCGCCAAAGAAACAAUUGGUGAAUUAAAUCUACAAUUGACAAUACUGACAACAGAGACUGGUGUGCUGCAACAGCAACUGAAUGAAAAAGAGGAAGAGACGGGCCAGCUUGGGAGGAAGGUGACGGAGCUCUCUGCCACAGUGUCCUCCACACUGGCAUCCUACGCCUUCCUGGAGCAGGCUCUCGCUGCCGAGAGUACAAAGCUGCAGCAGUCAUGGCAAGACAUUAAAGAAGCUAAGGAGCGAGUAAACCAGUUGGAGACGUCGCUGGAUCAGUCGGAGCAGCGAGUGUGUGAGUUGACUCAGGCUCUGGCUCAAAGUGAGGAGCAGCUCGGUCAGCUGCAGACCCUCCAUCAGUCUCAGAGCGCAGAGAUGCAGCAACUCCGGGACCACUGUACACAACUCAAGGGUGUGCAGGAAAUGAACGAGUUCCUGCUGAUGGAGAAUGAAUUUGCGAGAGAACAGGUGCUGGAAAGCGAAGGCAAGCUGAGAGAGAGUCUGCAAGGUCUCAGAGAGAGGAACAUCCAGUGUGAGGACCUGAAAGAAGAAGUUUGCCAACUUCAGCUUGAAAACAGAAGUUUGCACGAAGAGCUGGAAGCCAUCAGGUCGGGAUCCAGGGCGACUCAGCUGGAGCUUGAAGAGAAACUGGCCCACGCAGCCACUGAAAUCACUCUGCUGCUUCACACUCUGCGGGGACUCACCAACGACCUACAUGCUGCACUCAGUAACCAGAAGCCAGAGCUGCCGAAGGACAAAGACUCUCAUCCAGUCAAUGAUCCGACGUCUCAUCAGCCCACAAACUCCUUUGUCAACAGCAUCAUGAUGGCAUUAACUGUUGAGAAGCAGGAUGAUGCCGAGAUGGACUCAACAGCUGCAUCAGAGUCUACAGAAGUGCCCGAGUCACAGAGCAAACCUUUGCUCAGCGAGACAAGUGCCUUCACCCGCGUUGCAGCCAUCACUCCCAGAAAGGGUCUGAAUGAAGUCCGGGCAGAAGAAGAGAAGCAGAGCAGAGUGGCGGCGCUGCUGUCUGACCUGGGCAGCACGGUCGGGGAGCUCAUCAGCACCCUCAAGUUGGUCCAAGAGCGCAAAGACGCCGAGCUGCUGGAGCUGCAGAGAAACAUUUGCGGCCUGCAGGUGGAGCAUCAGGCUGCAGUAACCAGACACGAGGCUGAGGUGUCACUGCUGAAGCAUCAGCUCAGCCAUCUGAACCGCCUGAUGGAGAGGGGGAAUCAGGCUCUGCAGCAGAAAGCUCAGGAUGAGAAAACGUUGGCGCAAUUGGUCACAGAUGUAGAAGAGGCCCACGAAGCACUAACUAAAUACAAAGCUGAAAACAAUGAUUUAAGAAAAGAUCGGAAUGAUCUCCACCGUGCUCUCCAGCAGUCAAACGUGGAGUCGCAGUUCCUGCGGGAAGAACUGAGGAGAGCUGGAGGGCAGCCGGUGAACCAAACACAGUUCAUGGAGGAGAAGAUCCAGCUGUUGAAAGAGGUGGAGAGGCUGAAGGCCAGUCUUCAGGAAGUAGAGCAGGCCAGAGCGAAGCUCCUGGAGAGGGCCAAGAGACAUCAAAUCAUCCAUCAGAACAACCUGCAAAAGACGGAAAAUGAGCUUCAGAUUUUGAACCACAUGAUCAACAGGAUCAGGGAGACGUUGCUGUCUUUGCCAGAGGUUGUGAAGAACUGUGAGCAGCUCCAGCAGCUUCUGGACUAUAUUGGCUGACAUGUUACUGUAUAACCUGUGUGUAUAUUUUUUGUUAUAUUUUAGCUUGUUAUAGCUGUACCUGUUCUUAUAUUUGUUAUGGAUAAAAUCCACUUAUAAAUUUGACAAGUUGUCUUUAUUCUAAAUGUUUCUCUUUUUAAUUUUAUUUUAAUGUUUCCUCUUUGGAUUUUCUUAUGAAUAAAGUGAUGCAA